AUGCUGCGAGCACGACGUUCUUUGCCUUUACUGCCAGGAAGCAGGGCGUGGCUUUUGCGCUUUUAUUCCUCAACAAGAGAGCUUCGUCAACUGCAGUCACGUGAACGCCUUAUUUUAGGCACUCACGGGGCUGGUGUGGUGCAGCAUGCGUCGGUGUCGCAGCCCCUCUCCGUUAAUUUCCAAAGCUCUGUGACUGUGGCGGCACCAGCAGCGGAUUUGUUUCGCACGAAGGUGCAUGAGGGAACUGGAACUAGUGGGAAGGAUCCGUAUUUGCGUACACUGCCCAACCAAGAGAGCAGAGAGCCAGAGUCCUCCGUUUCUCAAGCCCACAUCACCGUGGCGCCAACGGUGGAUGAGUGCAGCACACUUGACAGAAGAUGGGAGAGUAUGCAGUACUGGUUUAACGAUCAACACCCGCGGCUCGUGAUUUAUUUGAGGCAACUGCAGGUGCAGGAAGUGCCGCCAAUUUCUCCUGCAGCAGAAUCUUUACUGUCGAAGUUUGAAGAGGUGGCGAUACCAAAACUAGCCUUGGAUGACACUGAUCGACAGCGACUUACAAAACUUUGGGGAAAUCUAACUGAAGAAGUCAAGACAUUGCGGUUGCGUUAUGUUUUUGAUCGCCUUACUUUUGAAUCUAAACUUUCUCAACUUUGUAAAGAGGCCUUAGAACAGAUGCAUGCCAUGUCUUUGAGCGGAACGGAGGGCUCUUUGGCGGUUGAAGCGUUACGACGCCUAACAAUUUUGGAACGCAAUGAUUACAUUCAAAAACAUCUGAUUGAUGUUACGAGUAAUGGGGCCUAUCUUGGUUUUGGCGAUGCCGUGUGGCGAGUCUUUUUCUCUGCUGUGGAGGCUCACAAAGCAGUUCUUUUUGGUGAAGGCACACCAGACACGAUUCGUUUCGCCUGGGAGUCGAUUUUGCAACAAGAUGUGGUUCGAGUUCCCGAUGUGACGGCUCCAGUUGCACUCUUCUUAACACUUGUCUGUAUCCAUGAGGGUAACAGGCUUGCGUCUGUUGAAUGGAGGGAGUCUUCAUCAAGCUUGGAUGAGGGAAUUUGCUCUUACGACAACAAACAGCAGAGCCCCCUUCUGGCACUUCUUAAUCCCGUCGUGAAGCGUCGUUUUGUCACCAAAAUGGUGGAAUCUUUGCUACGGAGCCAUUCCUCGAACGAGUUUUCCAAACUUUUGCGUAAAAAUGGGUUGCAUGACCUCAGUCGUGAUGUCGCCCUCUGUGAGGCCUUGAAUAGCAGUCAGGGAAUUCUUGAAGAUGACGUUGCGGAGUUGGUUUCUCGCUUUGAGAGUACAGGCGAAGUGAAAACUCUACUCUCUUCUCUCAUUGGCGGAAAGGACGCCGCUGUGCGUGAGACUGUGGCCAAAAUCCUGGGUAUCCCCUUGGCCACGACUGUGGAUUGGGAUGCCAUGAUGCAAAGCGUAGAUUGGACAAACAACUGGCGGCGACUGGCGACAAAACUUCUUUGUGACCAAACUCUGCUGGUCUCUAUUCAUAAAUUGGUGAAGAACGCAAUUGGCGCCAAAGGCAUUUCAAGACAUUUGUUCUCAGAGGAGUAUGCGGAUCAGCUUCAAAGCAUCAUUGCCAUACGUGAGGAGAGAGAACUCAACCGCAAACUCAAAAUUGAUCGUAUUGUGAGGGAACUCUCUUCUUAUCAGAGGGUGGAUCAGUCCUGUGAAAUGCUUCGUCAACUCGGUGUUGACAUGAAGGAGUUGGAUCAGGCGGCGUUAUCGAUACGACAAGAAGGCCUUGUGAAGAGACCUUCUGUAGAUGAGAACGUGAUCUCACGUGCUCUUGAGGCAGUCGGUAACCGUCAUCCAAACUGGGUGCGGGCAGGUGUUAUUGCACCAGCGGCCAUAAAAGACUCUAUAGGGGCAUUAAAGGCCAUGUUAUUCAUUUUUAUACGUCUUUCAUAUGUUCCUCAAACGGGCCUGGCCGCAAUGGCGCAACGUUUUCGGCGUCGCAUAGGCCCUAUUGGGGUGGAGCCUUUCCAGUUUAAUAUCCCCACUGAAGUCGGUUUUGUUGAGCAUUACAACAAUUUAGAGUAUAAACGAUAUGAUUGGCAGGGUUGGUACCAACGGAUGGUGGAUGUGCAUAACCGGAACAUUUCCCUUCGCUGCCGCGUCAGUGAUCUCAAACGACUGGAUGCCAAUGGUGUACCUUUUGUGGACAUGCAGACAGAACGUCGUCUGCGGAUUCUUGCGGAGGGACGUGUUGGCAUGGGGGUGUUAAUGCUCGACUCAGACAAGUAUGAAGAUCAAAAGGAUAACAUGACCUUUGGCUUGAUCAAGUUGUCCGAACUCUUGUCGGAUGCACGGAAGGCACAAUUGGGCGAAGAAUAUUGGCCCUCCGUCGAGAUGAAGGUGCGAAAACCAAGUGGGCAGAGUAGGGCACAUUACUCCCUCAUCGACUACGAUCGUAUUGAGAAGAAAAGCAGGGAACUGUACGAGAAGUACCGUGAUGCAAAGAAGAAGAGUCUGUUUGUCACACCAAUGGACUUGUGGCUGGAGGUGAGGGGAAUGCAAGUAAGAAAAGCCUCAGAGGGCGCCGAUGCGGACGGCUACACGGUGGACAUCUUACAGGAUGCACUGAGCAGCGAAGACAACGAAAAAAACUAA